GAUCGUUCUACAAAUGAAUUGCAAAGGAAACGGUAAAGUUUAGUUGUACCUUAGCUGUUGAUGUGUGCAUACAACCUUUAGAGCAAGGUUUAGUUCCGCGUUAAUGGUGUUUCGCUUCACAAAUCUAAAGAGCAUCAAGCUCGGGCCUAUUUGGAUUUUUGGAAAUAUAUUUAAAAUGGAUUUUAAGAUUCUAGCGACUUUUUUGAUUUUUCUAACUCUUACUGCCAGCCAAAAAGCCAGCCACAAAAGCUACGAUUGGCGGUCAUCCAGUGGAAGCCUAGAAGAUUGGCCAAAAAUCUCUUCUCUUAUACCAUACAGUGGAGGACACGCGACUGAAAGCUAUCCAAACAUGGAUGAUUCCGAGAGUAUGCAGUUCGAUUCCAGGUACAACCAAUAUGACAUGAAACCUUAUAUGGAUUCAUUUUUCCAUUCUGAAGAACAAAAUUCACCCUAUAAAUACCUAAGCGAUCCAUUAGAUUCUUCUUAUUCAGUUCACCACGAUGACAGUCCUAUGAAUAUCACCAAAGCAAGAAUUGGCGGAUUCGCAGGAUCUGGCGACACUCUUGGGUUUGGAGCAUAUGAGCAUCCUGUCAAAUCCAGAAAGGAAGAAGAAUUUUUUCCUGAAAUGCCAAAACUAGACGCAGAAUUUUUUCCAGAAAUGUUUAAAUUUAGUCGGAGAAAGCACAGGAUGCCAUCACAUCAUGCCCAUGAUCCUAUGCUGAUACAUCCAAUCCCUCCUCCCUUAUGAAAAAUUUUAUUUAACUGAAAUGAAUGCCAAAAUUUCGAAUGAAGGCCAAUUUUUUAUUGUCAUAUUGACAAAUGAUUCUCAUUUUAACAUUUUUUUGCUUCAAUGUUAUUUAGUGCAUUGGAUGGUAAUGAUGAACUGUCAUGAUGUUUUAAAACAUUUUCCUAAUAUAUUAAAGAAAGGUUUUGUUCAUAA